UCACACGUCGUAUUUUCAUUUUGUUUUUUGUUUUUUUGUUUUUGUUUCGAUAACCAAAAUUAUGAAUCAAUCAUCAUUAUCGAUUGGAAAUCAAACACCAAUCAGUUGGGAUACUGAUUGGGAUUGUAGUAGUUCAUCGGAAUCAUCAUUUUCCUGUUCAUUGACAAUGGAAAACAAUACAUUUGUAAACAAACUAAAUUGGUAUCAUCGAAAUUUCCAAAAACAAACAACAUAUGAAUCAUUUGAAAUGAAAUAUACGAAAAAAUUUCGUAUUGAAUGUACAGAAAUUACAUCAAAUUUACGUGAUUAUCGUCGACAAUUAUUGGAAUCAUUAGCUGAUGAUAAUGAUGAUGAUGAAUCUUUCGAAUUAUUAUGCAAAUAUUUAAAUCUUUUAUAUGGAUUUAUAUGGUGUUUUGAUGAUCCAAAAUCCAAAUUAAGUUAUGAAUCAACUUCGAAAUUAUCCGAUGAAUUUAAAUUUUAUUGGAGUGAUUCAAUACAACAACCACCGAAAUUUCGUACGGAAAAAGAUACAAUGUUUGAAUUGAUAUCGAUUAUUUAUCAUUUUGCUUUGAAUUUGAUGAUGAAAACGGCUACCACGACAACAACAUCGUCGACGUUGAAAAAUUAUAAAAAAUUUAUGAAUCAAUUUGAUCAUCAAGAUCAAAAACGUUUACAUUUAGCAUCAAUAUUAUUUCGUAUUAUUGGUGAUCAAUUUCUUCAUUUAUCAUCACCAUUAACAGUUGUAACCAAAUGUCAAACCGAUUUAGAUUCAAAUAUAUUACAUGUUUAUCAAUAUCAAUGUUUGGCUGAAGAACGUGAAAUUGAAUUAUUUAAAUGGAUUCGUUCACAAAUUAUCAAUUGCAAUGGUAACGAUAAUCAUGGACUGGCAUGGAAAUGGCCAAAAAUCUAUGAACUAUCACAAGAAACUGAAUUAUUAUUUCAUCAGGCAAAUUUAUAUUUACAAAUGAGUUAUCAAAAAAUACCUGAAUUGUUAUUAAUAUGGCGUGUUUAUUUACAAGCAAAACGUAAUCUUUAUCGUACAAUACGUAUAAUACAUUUUGAUUUAUUGAAUGGUAUGGCGAAUUCGAAGAAUCAACAACGAAUUCAUUAUUGGUUUGAUGAAACUAAACGUUUAUUCGAUGCAUAUAAUCAAUUAUCAUCAACGAUGUCUGGUGAUGGUAAUUGCUUCAAUGAUUAUCAUUAUCGUCAUUUAGAUCGAAUGGAAAUAUUUGAUUGGAUUGAACAGCAAAUAUUACCGGAAUAUAGAUCUUCAUCUUUGAGUUAUCAACCAUAUCAAUAUGAUGAUGAAAAACGACCAAUUCGUAUUGAUUUGGAUAUUAUUCAACCGCAAUUGGAAGUGGAUAAAAUUUCUUCAAAAUUAUUUCAUCGUGAUCGUUUAUGGACAAGAAAAGUUUAUGAUGCAUUUGGUCAACAUUCGGAUGAUCGUGGCCAUCGUAAUCGUUUAAAAUUUAUCGAACAUUUAUUAUCAUCAUGGAAAAAACCAAUAACAUCAUUACGAAUACGAUCACAGCCAAUUUCUUCGAAUCGUCAAUUUGCGAAAUCUAGUUCGAAAAAACAUAAAUCAGAAUUGGAUGAACCAUCAUCGCCGUCGUCGUCGUCGAAUUCAAUGACAACAACACAAAUGGAAAGGAAUUUUUAUCUUUUAAAUUUUGAUCAUGUUGAUAUUUGGAAACAACAACAACAACAAUAUAUUGAUAAUCGAUUUAAACCAAAAAUAUCAUGGCCAUUAGAAAAUGAAAGUUAUGCGACAGCAGGGAGAUCAACAUUGACAGCGACUACAAGUGCGACUGCAAGUAAUUCAAACAGUUCGGGUUAUGAAUCGGCUCUUAGUGGACGAUCAUCAACAAUAUCAUCAACAACGGGAAAUUCUGAUAACGAUAAUAAUCCACUUCGAACAUUGAUCGAUACCCGACGGCAAUCAUUAUUGUCAAGAAAAACGAAUGAUAACAGUCAAUUAAUCGAUAUAUCGAUAGUGAUGAAUGAUUCGAAUUCGAAUCAUUUCCAUUCGACCAACAACGAUUUUCAGCUAUUACCGAAUCGUUUAUUUCCAAUUUCGAUUGAUUCAUUUAUCAUUGAUCGUGAUAAUGAUAAUGGUUUUGAUGAUGAUGAUAAUGGUAAUGAUCAAUCAAUAAAAAAUGAAAAUGAUCAUCGAUUACCACGAAUAAAACCAUCGAUACCGUUGAUGAAACCGAAACUUAAACCAAAACCCCGAAUAAUCUAAAUUGAUGUUUUGCUACAUAUUUUUUCGAAAGAAUUUAUUAUUUUUUGUUCUGUCAAAUUUUUCAUUUUUGUUUUUUGUUGUUGAAUUUUUUUUUCU